CAGCAUAGAUGGCGAAGCUGGUAUUUUCCUAACGACAAUGUGACAUCUGGCGGUUGUCUGCAAAUGAUCGCGAGGCUAAGGAAAACAUAGAGGGACUGAGCGAGUAGCAAGCGUUCUAUUUUCCAGAGUAGUGCGGAAAAAAUGGCGGAUGCGGACUUGGAUAUCGACAAUCUCAUACAGAGAUUGCUUGAAGUAUAUCAAACGCAGAACGAACAACAGGUUCAGAAAAAGGCUAAGCUUAAAGACAUUUUUACCCCAGACUUUGUCGUGAGAGGAUGUCGACCUGGGAAGUCCGUGGUGAUGACAGAAACGGAAGUUCGAGGCCUUUGCUUAAAAUCGAGAGAGAUUUUCCUUCAACAACCAAUACUGUUGGAGUUGGAGGCUCCAUUGAAGAUAUGCGGAGAUAUUCAUGGCCAAUACACGGACUUACUACGGCUUUUUGAGUAUGGUGGCUUCCCUCCAGAAGCCAACUAUCUCUUUUUAGGUGACUACGUGGACAGGGGAAAACAGUCUUUGGAAACAAUAUGUCUUCUCCUCGCCUACAAGAUAAAAUACCCUGAAAAUUUCUUCCUGCUACGAGGCAACCAUGAAUGUGCCAGUAUAAACAGGAUAUACGGGUUUUAUGAUGAAUGUAAACGCAGAUAUAACAUCAAGUUAUGGAAAACUUUCACUGACUGUUUCAACUGCUUGCCAAUCGCAGCUAUAAUAGAUGAAAAAAUAUUUUGCUGCCAUGGUGGACUAAGUCCCGACCUACAGGGUAUGGAACAAAUACGAAGAAUUAUGCGCCCGACUGAUGUUCCAGACACAGGUCUCUUGUGCGAUCUUCUCUGGUCUGACCCUGACAAAGAUGUUCAGGGAUGGGGUGAAAACGAUAGAGGAGUAUCUUUUACGUUUGGCCCCGAUGUGGUUUCAAAAUUCCUCAGCCGUCACGAUAUGGAUCUCAUCUGCAGAGCUCAUCAAGUAGUCGAAGAUGGUUAUGAAUUUUUCGCAAAACGGCAACUCGUCACCCUUUUCUCGGCUCCUAACUAUUGCGGGGAGUUCGACAACGCUGGUGGAAUGAUGAGCGUCGAUGAAACUUUGAUGUGUAGUUUUCAGAUUUUGAAGCCGUCCGAGAAGAAAGCGAAAUAUCAAUACAGUGGCAUGACUGCGCAAGGCGGUAGACCCUCGACACCUCAAAGGAAUCCAACGAAAAAAAAAUGACCGCCUACUGCUGAUCCCGCGUAGCAGCAAACACUGUCGUUCUAGGUAAGACAAUAACCAGCUUCGAAAGUCUUAUCCGGGCGCAAGUGACCGAAUCAUUUAAACGUAAGAGAUAAUCUAUUGUGACUUUCGUGACUAUCAGACGGAAAAAGUUCCCUCAAUAUCCAGAUAUUUCCUAAUAGGAGAUUCGAUCUCCGUCUAAUGAAACUAUUAUUGCAAAUAAAUGCAGGAAGGACGCGGGGCUUCAGUGACACAGAUUGGAGGAGGUAACCUAGUCUCUUCAAUUAGAAAUAUAGCAGAAUAUAUUUAUUAAAUUAUUUUUAAUUCAUACGUGGCAGGUCUAGAUAAUAAUUCGUAACUAAUAUUAAAAUGGAAGGAGGUUACAAGAGACCCUGAGUAUCCCAUCGAUAAUAGAAUAUCCUUCCUGAUACUUAAUACUUUUUGUUCCGAUAAAUGUUUAUUUUUAAAGUUUUAUCUCAUUUGGGAUUCAUUAUCGAAUGAUGGGGGAUUAGUUCUGUACUUAGUACCUGUUUUUUGCCAUUUGCAGCCGUUUGACGUAAUCGAAAAGUUUACCAAGUUGCGUGAAUAUUGGGCUUGAUUUUAUUUUUCUAUAUGUUUCAGCUGUGGAACGCGUCACUUCAGUACAUACUAAACUCAUAAUUAUUCAAUCUUGAAAUAAGUAACAACCUUUUCCUUAAUAUAUCCUAAUACUACUGUUACAAAACGAUGUUAUGUUUCAUUACAAUAUUCAGUGAAAAAUUUUGUUCCUCUAGAAUACAGUUGUCGAAUAGGGACUACCGAGGCAAGACAGGGUGCUUUGGGGAAAGCAGGGCAUAACAAAGUUUCGUAAAAGUAAGUUACCAAGAAACAAGUGAUUUUUCUGUGCCGACCAACCGUAUUCUUUCUCAAAGUACCCUAUUUUGCCAUACUUGGAAUUCAGAUUCUUCACGGGUGAUCGCCAAUUUUCCGAUCUUUGCCAUUUAGUCGACAUUCAUCUAUCUAUCGAUCUAUCUUUGCGUUUAACAGCAUUUCAGUUUUCAUUUAACUAUUUAUUUUUAUCGUAAGCGCCUAGUUCCGAAAAUGUAAUUUAAUAAUUGGUGAUAUUCGGCAAGGAACGCCGUACUUACGUGUAAAUUAUUGUUGAGGAACCUCUAUCAUUGUUCAUCGCUUUUUUUAAUCGUUUAUAAUGUACCAUUGUAUCCUAUGGUUUACCAGAUACACAAUUCCAUGUAUUAGCUUGUAAAGUAGUCGCGUAAUGCACAGGACACAAUGUUACGGCAAAAAGUUUGGUGAUAUAUAACGAUGGUGGAAUUUGUUUUCAAUGUAAUAGGCCUUCAUUUAUUUUCUGCAUUUAAAAUGACUAAAGAAAAAAAUCAUAACGAAGUAUAAGCAGUAUUCCGAUGAUACUAACAAUAAGAUGAUGCUUCUAUAUUGAUGCGCCUUUAUUCGACGUAUAUUUUAAGGGGAUUAUGUAUUGAUCGAGAAAAAAACGGGAGACAAUGUAAUGGUAGCAGGAUUACAACCAGUAAAUCAGUUGUUUCCUAACGAUCCGUUUAACCAGUGAAAUAAAUAUGUAAUAGAUCUUAAGGGCACUCCUCCCGGCUAUUGUACAAAGUUAAGAUACUCUAUCGUGUUUUAUUGUGUUGAAAAAAAAAAGAACCAAUUAGCACGAUUUAAUGUUAUGGAGAAUAAGAGAUAUUUAUUUUCACUUUACUCUCCUGUCUGUAUCAACUUUUUUCUCAGCACCUACCCCUUGAAUAAACGGUAAAAACAUUUUCCCUUAGACUACGAUAUAUCCGGAAUAGAUAUAUCUAUAUAUAUACAUGAAUUAUGGGUAUAUAUAAAUAUAUAUUAUUUGUAAAUGAUUUUUCUGUUGCGAUUUAAAAAAUUGAAUAAACCCGUCACAAUCCGUACUUCCAAAAAUCCCAAUCGGUAAAUUGCAACAGGAGAAUUGUAACAUCUACAGAUGUAAAACUUUCAAAAAAUAAUAAACAUACAUAUUGUUGUAAA